CCUCAUCGAGGAAAUGGCAGUCAAACUCUUCAUUACAAACGUUGUUCAUGGUUUCUGGAUAUUCUUGUGAAGCGCAACAAAAAGGAAAAACUAAGAUGGGAUUUAAAGAAAUUAUUGCCAGCUUUUCACAAAGGCAACUCUCCAGGAGUUCCAAGUGCAGUGGAAGAUGGGUGUCGUCUCCGAGGAGCAGUGGGAAUGUCUUCUGAGCGCUGGGGUGCCUCACGCCUAUCCUCUGGAGACGCUGCCGCUGCCGCUGCCGCCGCCGCCGCAAAGCACUCGGGGCCGCGGGCUGCCCCCGUAGGCCGCCUGCCGCCUCGCUCUCUCCUGCGGAGGACCGCCAGCCCGAGGUGGCACGGGAGCGCUGGCAAAGGCGGCGGAGGCGGAGGGGACUGACCGAAAAUAUUUUCAAGAAGAGAACGCAGAAGCCAGAUUGACUAGAAAGCUUGCAGAAGGUUUAUUUUAUGUGCCUCCUGGGUGAGUGUGAGAAGUGAAGACCCAAGGAUUGCCUUCGCAUAUCUUGUUCUCAAAGUGAAGAAUACUUCCCUAUUGGGUACAUGAGGACUUAAUGAGGCAGUGAGCAUGGGUGAGCGCAUCCAGCUACCAGGGACAGAACAUUUACAUUUAUAUUUAAGAGCCCACUAAGGCACUGUUGGAGGCACUGGGGGCACAAAAACGGCAUUCCUGGCCCCCUGGACCUGACAUUCCAGUGGGGGAUCAGACACUAAACCAAAGUAAGUGAGUAAAAUAUAUAAUGCAUCGAGUGCACGAAAGAAGUACAGUAAUUAAAAGGCCAGGAUGGGGCAGGCCUGAGGGGAGUGGCUGCCAUAUUAAAUAAUUGGGCAGUACAUUUGCUGCAGGAAGCAUAUUGAACGUUAAACACUGUUAAGUAGACACCGACAAGUUCGUUUCCAUCUCCCCGUACCUUUCGCUAUACCUUGUCACCGGAGAAAGUGCGGAAGAGUCUCAAAUCGUGGGUCCCUUCGUAUUCGGACAUUUACGGUAGGCUUAGGCACAAGACCCAUCAGGUUUGGGCCCCGCCCCAAGCCUGUGCGCCUGCGUGCGCGGGGAUAAGAGCUAGGCCCAGACGGCGUGCGGCCAGUCCAGGGCUGGGUUGGCACGUUGAGCAGUUGGAUGGCACCCGGAGGAGCAGACCAAACUGCCGCUCUGGGCCUGGCCCUGUGGCUGCUGUUUGGCUUCGGACUGGGCCUGGAGGCCGCCCCGACCCGGUCCCCCGCUCAGACCAUAGGCCCCAGCGCAGGUUCGUGCCCACCCACAAGCUUCCAGUGCCACAUCAGAGGCUACUGUGUGCCCCUCAUCUGGCAUUGUGAUGGUGACCAGGACUGCCCUGAUGGCAGUGAUGAGGAGGAGUGCAAGAUGGAGCCGUGCACCCAGGAUGGGCAGUGCCCACCACCCACAGGCAGCCUCUGCUCUUGUGACAGCAUCAGUGACUGCCCCGAUGGUAUUGACAAGAUCCUUCCCAACUGUAGCAGCCAGUCCUGCCCAGCAGGGGAGCUCCGCUGCCUGCUGGGCAACACCUGCAUCCCACAUACCUGGUUCUGUGAUGGCCACCCGGACUGUCCUGACUCCAGAGAUGAGCUUGGCUGUGGAACUGAGACCCUCCAGGAAGGCACGUCUGUGGGGACCCCUGUGACCCCUGUGAUCCUGGAGAGUGUCACCUAUCUUGGGAAUGCCACAGCCACCUUUGUCAGGGACCAAGACUCAGUCCAGUCUGGAAAUCGAAAUGCCUAUGGAGUUAUUGCAGCUGCCGUGGUGCUAAGUGCAGGUCUAGUUGCUGUCACCCUGCUUGUGUUGUCCUGGCUUUGUGCUCAGGGGCUCCUGUACCCGCCGGAGCUGCUGGUGGCCAUCAAGGAGUCCUUACUGAUGUCAGAGAGGAAGACCUCACUGCUCUGAGGAUGAGCUCUUGCCAUCAUGCUACUGGGGCUCUGAGUGGCAGAUAUGAGGACACACAUAUGGCUGUUGGCACACCAGCCCUCAGAUAUGAGUUCUUCUGGCCACACAGCACGACAGACCUGACUCCUGCAGACUUGAUCCUGGAGACUGGAGAUGCCUGAUCCUACUUUUGUAUGUGGGAAGUCUGGAUUGGGAUCAUGCCCCAUCUGAAACCAAAGAGUUGGCUCCAGGCUGCUUCGGGGUGACCCCUGCACAGACUCUGCUCCUGCCCCACCCCAUCUGAGUGUGGUGAUUAAAGUUAUUUCACAUCA